CCCAUCCGCUAUGGCGUCCUGCUAUUCCCCGGGUUCCAGGCUCUCGACGUCUUCGGCCCCGUCGACGUCUUCAACUCGCUCUCGAUGCUCUACAGCUUCCCCACCAAGCUGACCAUGCUGGCCAAAACAAGCGGAUCCGUAGAAACCUCGCAUCAAAGAGCCGGAAACAUGAUGUACUCGCACCCAGACACGGACGUGUCGCAGAGCAUGAUGGUGAACCGGACGUUUGCCGAGCAGCUGCAGCUUCAAGGCGGUGGCGAGGAAGAAAAAGAAGAAAGCUCGCUCGCCAUCGACGUGCUGAUAGUGCCCGGGGGCGUGGGAACCCGCGGCGACAUGAGUGCCGAGAUAGACUUUGUGCGCGCCAUCUAUCCCCGUCUCAAGGCCAUUCUGUGUGUCUGUACCGGCGCUACGAUUCUCGCGCGUGCAGGCGUGCUCGAUGGCCGUCGCGCUACCACCAACAAGCGUGCGUUUGCGUGGGCUACCAGUACGGGCCCCAAUGUCAAGUGGGUUUCCGAAGCCAGAUGGGUGGUUGAUGGGAAUAUCGUCACGGGUUCAGGCAUCAGUGCGGGCAUCGAUGCGACGUAUGCGUUUGUGGGGCUCAACUAUGGCGAGAAGAUUGCGCAGGAGUUGGCCGAUUGUGCAGAGUAUGUCCGCUGGAUGGAUCCGGAUCAUGACCCGUUUGCAGAGCGGUGGGGUCUUGGUGGUUGA